UAGUCGACAAACAGUAACGUCGUUGUAUAAGUGCAGGCGGAGUACAUUGAAAACAACUGCUGGUUUAGUGUUUCUGUUUUUUAGGGAUGUCUCUUCUGCGCUUGUGUUCCUCAGGCGGCAGACAGCUGUUCUGUAAGAGUCCAGCUGUGGAGCCGCUUUUCACAGGGUGUUUGCGGGCAGCCAGCAGAGCGGUGAAUGACAAGGAACCAUUGAAGAAGGCCAAAACCCCAAAAGGACGGUUUGACAACCUCGAAGAGACGAGCAAAGAUGUACUACAAAAGUUCCCUGAUGAUGUGAACCCUGUGACGAAGGAGAAGGGGGGCCCACGGGGUCCAGAGCCAACUCGCUAUGGAGAUUGGGAGAGGAAGGGCCGGUGUGUAGACUUCUAGCUCAUUAUCUGUAAAUUAAUAUGUACCUUAUGAGUAUGGAGAUGUACUGUAAAAUGACAUACUGAUGCAGUUCAGAUAUGUGUGCAGCCAUUAGUGGUUUUCUGUCUUUUGUUUAAUCGUGAUGGAGGGGUAACGAGCAAGUUACCAAAUUAAAGUAAUAAAA